GUGUAAUGAGAGGGGAGUUUGUGAGCAGAUGAUGGACGUUGAGGCGUCAUAUUCAGAGUUCAUAAACUGUGAUCGUACAGGUCGCAGGAACGCAGUGCCAGACAUUAAAGGAGAGGCAGUAGCGAUGGGGACCAGUGAACUAACCAAAGACAUGGCUCAGAUGGACCUGAAAGCUGCAGAGGGAGAUGCUUCUGGAUCUCCAGCCCCUGAAGCAGAGGCAUCUGGGAGCCAGGAUAAACAGGGGACAGAGGGACCGUCAUAAAGAUGAAGAAUGACCUGGAGGAGAGAGGAAAGCUGGGGGAGUUCUUUCCUUUUCUCAUCAAAAUUCUCCUCAUCUUUGCUCAUCAGGCAGCAGUGAAGAGCUCCUCUCAUAGACUGCCAUUAAGGUGGAUGUCCACCCAUUGCAUGCUGUUGAGUGCCUAAGAGACAGAUGAAGAAGACACUGCCUUUGCAAACACCACUAAAUGGGACGAAUCUGUCGUGGACUGUAUUCAUUCACAGCGCAGAGUGAGGGAAGUUUGUUUUUUCUAACAGCGGUCGAACAGAAGCACAGGCGUUUUGAUAUUUUUCCAUCCUAAACUUAAACUAAACAGUUCAAUCUCGUGCUGAGUUGCUGUUAAAACAAAUACUCUAAACUAUAAAGUACCAAAUAUAGCCUUUUUGUUACAGCCUAUGACAUGGAUGGCUCAGUUUAAAUUAAAAAAAACAAAACAAAGACCACUACAGUUGAAGGUGGUCUGACUAUAGAACAGAAUUCCCAAAUAUUGCCUGAGGUCAGAAGAGGUUUGUUUCUAUACUUCAUUAUAUACUGUAACAUAAUUAACAAUAUUUAUGUAGUAUCUGAGUUACUGCUUUCUGCUCCUGGCACUGUUUUGUGGUUUUUGUCAGACUCUCAACAACACUCGUUGAAACACAUUGCAUUUAUAUUGUGACCUAUAAAUGUAAGUACCUCAAAAUAAACAGGAAUGA